AUGCCACAAACAUCAUCAAAAGUAACCUCUCCACAUGGAAAAACUAAAGAAGUAGGGGACAAGCAUGGUGAGGGUAACGCUUAUGGUAAUCUUGGCAAUGCUUUUUAUCAAUUGGGUGAUGUAACAAAAGCCAAAGAAUACCACAACCUACAUCUUAAAAUAGCUAAAGAAGUAGGGGACAAGCAUGCUAAAGAAGUAGGGGACAAGUAUGGUGAGGGCAACGCUUAUGGCAAUCUUGGCAAUGCUUUUUACCGUUUGGGUGAUUUCAAAAAAGCCAUAGAGUACCACAACCUACAUCUUAAAAUAGCUAAAGAAGUAGGAGACAAGCAUGGGGAGGGUAACGCUUAUGGCAAUCUUGGCAAUGCUUUUUACCGUUUGGGUGAUGUAGAAAAAUCCAUAGAGUACCAUAACCUACAUCUUAAAAUAGCUAAAGAAGUAGGGGACAAGCGUGGUGAGGGUUACGCUUAUGGCAAUCUUGGCAAUGCCUAUGACAGUCUGGGUGAUGUCAAAAAAGCCAUAGAGUACCACAACUUACAUCUUAAAAUAGCUAAAGAAGUAGGGGACAAGUAUGGUGAGGGCAACGCUUAUGGCAAUCUUGGCAAUGCUUUUUACCGUUUGGGUGAUGUAAAGAAAGCCAUAGAUUACCACAACCUACAUCUUAAAAUAGCUAAAGAAGUAGGGGACAAGCAUUGGGAGGGUGGUGCUUAUGCUAAAGAAGUAGGGGACAAGUAUGGUGAGGGCAACGCUUAUGGCAAUCUUGGCAAUGCUUUUUACCGUUUGGGUGAUUUCAAAAAAGCCAUAGAGUACCACAACCUACAUCUUAAAAUAGCUAAAGAAGUAGGAGACAAGCAUGGGGAGGGUAACGCUUAUGGCAAUCUUGGCAAUGCUUUUUACCGUUUGGGUGAUGUAGAAAAAUCCAUAGAGUACCAUAACCUACAUCUUAAAAUAGCUAAAGAAGUAGGGGACAAGCGUGGUGAGGGUUACGCUUAUGGCAAUCUUGGCAAUGCCUAUGACAGUCUGGGUGAUGUCAAAAAAGCCAUAGAGUACCACAACUUACAUCUUAAAAUAGCUAAAGAAGUAGGGGACAAGUAUGGUGAGGGCAACGCUUAUGGCAAUCUUGGCAAUGCUUUUUACCGUUUGGGUGAUGUAAAGAAAGCCAUAGAUUACCACAACCUACAUCUUAAAAUAGCUAAAGAAGAAGGAGAUAAGCAUGGGGAGGGUAACGCUUAUGAGAAUCUUGGCAAAGUGUAUAGGAGUAUGGGUGAGUUAAAAAAAGCCAAAGAGUACCACAACCUACACCUUAAAAUAGCUAAAGAAGUAGGAGACAAGCAUAGGAAGAGGGGUGCUCAUGGCAAUCUUGGCAAUGUGUAUCGGAGUCUGGGUGAUUUUAAAAAAAGCCCUAGAGUUUUUCAACCCAGAUCUCAAAAUAACUAA